AUGAUAAACAAGAACGGUAAAAGAGUUAGAGUCGACUCAUCGGCAAGGACGGUGGAGUCGGUGGUAGCUAAUCAGAUGUUUAUAGGGAGAUCGUCACCGAGCCACUCGGCAUCAUCAUCGCUUAGCUCAUGUUUGUCAACCACGGAAGAAAUGAAGGAGGAGGUUGCAUCGUCAUGGAAUGAGGAACCGCAAGUGCUGGUGUUGGCGGGAUGUCGAAGAUGUAUUAUGUACGUUUUGGUCUUACAAGAAAGGCGACAUUGCCCUAAGUGUAAAUGCAACGAUUUGAUCAAGUUUUAGAGAAUUGUUCUUAUGAUUUCAAAUUGGACAUUUUAGUAUUGGGAUAUUCUAUCUGCAUGGUGAUUUUUUCUGUAUUGUAAAGGCA